AUGAUGCUCCAAGAGGUACAUGAGGUCACUUGCAAUUUGGAGCCAAUAAUCAGCUUGUAUCAAUGUUUGCAACGCAAGGGUUAUUACUGGCCAGAAAUGAAGAAACAAGCAGCUGAAAUGCAAGCCAAUUGUCCCAAGUGUGCAACGAUACCCUCCACCGAAGAAUCAUUCACCAUUUCGUUUGCGAAGGAUUGGAGGACUCCGUACUUGGCAUCCUUCAUCAACGGGGUUCUGCCAACUGAUUCCAAGCAUGCUCGCAAGCUCAAAAAGACAAUGAAAAGGUACUUAAUAGAUGGGUUGACUCUCUACCGCAAAGGGUUCAAUGGUGAGCCAUUAAAAUGCUUGGGAGAAUCAGAAGCACAGCAAGUCAUAUUUAGAAUCCCGUAUAAGAUUGUCACCGACAAUGGCACCCCAUUUGUCAAUAAGCAAGUAAGCUCGACGCUUAGUGGCUAUGGUAUCAAGCAUCGUCGCUCCACGCCAUACUACCCACAAGGAAAUGGUCAAGUAGAGGCCACAAACAAGACUUUGUUAAGAAUCCUAAGCAAAAUGGUCCACGAGUAUGAAGGAGGUUGGAGUGUUCACCUGCCAGAUGCUUUAUGGGUUUACCGCACCUCUCGAAGAAGCGCCACAGGUUUCUCACCUUAUUCACUUGUGUAUCGGUCCGAUGCCAUUUAA